AUCACUUACAAUCUACAUCACUUUGUAAACUAAACAAAAAAAGAAAAUGAAGCUCGUCUUCUUACUCGCCCUCACAGUCGUUGCAUCUUGUUAUGCGAGAGAAGUGCCAGAUAAGUUCCCUCCAGGUGCGACUCCUGACACUCCUCCAUUUAGUUAUGUUACUCCUCCACCACCACCACCGUCCAAUGAAGAAACUAAAUUCCCUCCAGGCGUGACUCCUGACACUCCUCCAUUUAGUUAUGUUACUCCUCCGCCACCACCACCUAUGGGUGCUGCAAGAGAGAUGUCCAAGGGAGAAACUAAGUUCCCUCCAGGUGUGACUCCUGACACUCCCCCAUUUAGUUAUGUGACUCCUCCGCCACCACCAACAAUGAGAGAAUACUGAUUUGUCAAAUAUACAAUUGAUAAUUUUUCUUAAAUUUUAUCUAAUAUAACUUGAAAUAAAAAGUUUUAUCUGUCU